AUGGCAGUCGAACAAAAGAAGCAACAAGAAGAAGCCGUGCGAGACGGCAGCAUACUCGACUACGUGGGUAUCCUACAGGGCACGUACGUUCCUCCCACUGGGAAAAAUCUCCCCAGCCUCGUCAACAAACCUAAACUUCGAAUGAAAGUCGAGUGGAACCGAGUGAAGAAUUUGUUGAGAUACUUCCAGGGCGUUCUCUUAGCCACCUUUGCGGUCAAGCCGAGAUUGAAAAUGGAAGUCAGCAGAGUACCCCAGAUCGCCCAGAGCCUGUACGAGGACCUCUAUACAAAUUUCGCGAAAGGCGAUCUGGAUGUGCUGCAGGAUCGCGUGUCGUCGGGGUUGCUGGGAAGUUUGAGGAGUAGGAUUACGCAGAGACAGCCCAACACGAGCUUGAAGUGGACGCUGCACAAGUAUCUGGGACGACCGAGAUGCGUGUCCAUGACGUUCGCUCUCAUCGACUUCAAAACUCCCAAGACGGAACGGAAUGGCGUCGUGCAAGCGAUUGUGCGCGUGAGGUCACGACAAUCACUGCAGAAGAUGAUGAAGAUGAGGGUGAUUGAUGAGAAGACGGGAAGGAGCCGCAUCGAAGUCGUGCCGGUAAAUAGCGAUGGCAAGAGGAUACCGCUUUCUCAAUUGGAAGAGUCGAAGUUGCGGGAUGUAAAGGAUACUACGGAAUACUUGGUUAUCCAAAAGCUUCUGAAGGCUGGGAAAGAGGGUCCGUGGCAUCUUUGGGGUAUGGCGGAGGAGACGACAAUGGCAAAGCUGGCGCGGGAUCAGAAGGGGAAAGACAAGGUGCUCAUGUCGCAAUGA